AUGGAACAAUUGAUAUCCUACGGAUCUAUCGAUGAAAUGCCAAUGUAUAACUGCAGGUUGGUUUUUUUAUUUCGCAAUUCUACAGAUAAAAAAUUUUUCUCAGCGGCCGAACUAUUGAAGAAUGGGCCGAAAAGCAGAGUCGUCCUAAUAUCACACUGGGAAUCGUUGACUUGGUCUACGGGAUCAUAAUCGAGGUUUCCUUUUAAAGCUUUGAGAGAAUAAGAAAUUUGAGGUUGUAUUUGAGCCCUACUCCAAACCAGAAAAAAACAUUCUUCAUUCCGAUUUUGCUUCCAAUCGAUUCUCUUUAUCUUUGAAGUGGAUGAAAUGAAGGUUCUUUGAGACGUCAAAAUCCGGCUAAUGAGAAGUUUCCUCUGUUUUGAAAACAAAGAUCAGAGCACUGUGAAGCAUGUCUCAGUGAAUUCUCAAAACUUAUAUUGUUGUACUGCCUCUCGGAGUAGUUUCGAACCUUUGCAGAUUCUCUACAUUCCUUGUAUUGCUGUGAUGAUGAAGAAGGAAUAUUUCAAGCAUUCUUGCUUCAAGAUCAUGGUUUUCCUCAGUUUCGUCGACAUGGGCUGCAUAGGUACAAGUUCUACUUCAAAAUAAUUCAUGCAAGACGACUUGAAACGCUUUGGCGGCCUGUAGAGAAGUUCAAAACGCGCUGCGGUCCCGGCGGUGACAAUCUCCAAACUUUUCAAUGAUGUCGCGCGCAAGUCGUUUGUGGUCUGGAGCGCCUCAGACAAGUCGCUUCACAGCCAGAACGCGCUGACUUGUUCUCAGUGCGGCCAACGUGUUUCAAGUCGGGGAGAGCCAACAAAAAAUCUACAAAAAGUCGGUUUUUCAAGUUAUCAGUUCAAUUCUGCAUGGGAUCUUCCUCUUUGAAGGCUUCUUUUUCUGCCAAUCUCCAACAUUUCUCUAUUCUUGUGGGGCCAUCGGACUAGGUAACGUUCUCUUUUUUUUUUAAUCUUUGUUAAAUUACUACUUUUAGGGGUCUGGACUUGUGAAUGCAUGACAGCAUUAAUGCUGGCUGUUAAUCGAUUCCUGGAUGUUGUUUGGAAAAAUCAAUUUGAUCUUCUUUUCGGAGGGUUUGAGCCCGAAAAAAUAAUUAACUCGAAACAUAAAAUUCUGAUUCUACAGACCUUUCCUGAAGCUGUUCUUAUUGAUACCUGUUUUCUACGGCCUUUAUUUCACUUUCUUCACUACACCCGCUAUUUUCAACUCGGUUCAUCAAUUAUGGUUCUUCGAUCCCCUUGUCUUUGAAGAUAGAUCGAACGAGGUUGGAGAAAUUGAGAAUUUUCUUCUUGAAAUAUGAAUUUCGAACAGUACGCCAACAUGUCGCAAGUGGUCAACAACAUCCUAGUCGUAGUGGCGACUUGUACGCUUUAUUUGGUCUUUUGCGUCAGCAUCGAUGGCCGGCUGAAGGGACAGAGUAGUCAAAGAGCUCAAUUCCAAAAACAGGUAACGAAAGAGGACUUUACAGUUUUUCACAAAGUCCACAAGGGAGGUCUUUUCUUUGUAGUUUAGAACUUCCUAUAACUUUACCCAAACUAUGAAUUUAUCGAUAAAGACUCCUGACAGUCGCUACUAGGUCAACAUUUAAAUUUUGGAGUCUCCCUCCUUAAUCGGUUAUUGUUGGCCACUUUUUUUCAGAUUUUCCUCCAAACUUUCCUAAUCUGUGCGGCUAACCUUUUCGCUUCUUUCAACUACGUUUUCCUACAGUUUCUGCCUGUCCCACUUUGGUUCAGCAUGUUGGCACAUGCAAGCUGGCAGUUCGGAUCAGGUCUGAUUUCUUAACUUUCGAAGCAAUUCAAUGUUUCUUCAGGAUUCCCAGUUUUCGUGUACCUGAUGAUCAACAAGGCCAUCCGAGGGGAAAUUUUCAAUUUUUUCAAGGGAAAGGUUGUCUAAGCUGGGAAUUUUCGAAAACUUCUAAAUUUUUAGAGUUCACCGAAAAACUCGUCUGUCGUCGAUCCGAGAAGUCCUUAAUCUCAAUAAUUUGUUCAUUAAGUGUUAAAUUCGAACAUUUGAAGAUAAAGUUCUAGAAAAAGAUCAAAAAUUGCUUUGAACUCAGUGUUUUGAGCUUACAAUCGUUGUUUUGAAGUUCACAGGACCGUCGGGAAUUAACCUUUUUCUAAAAAUUCUAGAGACUUUUGAAAAAUUCGGAGAAACGGUAAUGUCCUUGUGUUAUCCCGUUAUAAAUAGCAGGUGACUUUGAAAUAACGUCUCACCUGCCUAUCUCUACUAUUAUAAAAUCCUCUCCUAUAGCUAAAUUCUUCGCGUUAUCAAAUCAUGGAGCAGCUGAUGUUCUUCGGCUCCAUCGAAAAUAUGCCCCUCUAUAAUUGCAGGUUAGUUACUUCUUUCACCAGCAGUGAAGCUCAAAACAAUAUAAUUGAUAUUUCAGUGGUCACACUUUAGAAGAAUGGUCCGAAAUGCAAAGUCGUCGUAAUUUCAAACUGGGAAUCGUUGCCGUUGUCUAUGGAUUUUUGAUAGAGGUGGGAAAGCCUCAAAAUUCUCAACCCUUCAAAAAAUCCCAGAUCCUCUACAUUCCUUGUUUGGCUGUGAUGAUGAAGAAGGAGUAUUACAAGCAUUCCUGUUUCAAAAUCAUGGUUUUUCUCGGCCUUAUUGAUAUGGGUUGUAUAGGUGAAAUAUUUAUUAUUCUGCAAAGACUUGAAACAGUCUUGUCUGCGCUCUAUUAUUUCACGUUUGAAGUGAGCUUCCGAGCAAAAUAGAUUUUGAAAAAAAAAACAGGUUUAUCUCGAGGGAGGCAAAAAAAAAAAAUGGCGGGAAAGUACUAGUUACAUGAUGUAAAAAAAGAGAUUAGCUCCGAUGAGAGAUUGAGAGGCUCCAGACAGGCCUUACACUUUUAUGUCGCCAAGAAUCGUGUCUAUAGUCUGUGUGCCACGAGUUGGAACUUCACCGAACGACAUUCCGCUGUUCCGCUGCGUCGCGCAGCGUCUAUGCGAGCCUCGGUCUCGCUUUGAAUUGGUUCUCAUUUCUGAUAGAUGGACUGUUCCACUAGGAACGCGUGUUGGUCGAGUUUUUCAAAUAAAAUAAAAAUAAAAGACGCGCAAAGGCACGCAGCGGAACAGCGGAAUGUCGUUCGGUGAAAUUCCAAGUCGUGGUACACAGACUUAUACCAUAUUUUUAUAAAACCCUUGAUGUUCCAGUUCAAAGUUCAAUUCUGCAUGGCUUUUUUCUCAUCGAAGGCGUCUUUUUCUGUCAAUCUCCAACAUUUCUCUAUUCUUGUGGGGCCAUCGGACUAGGUAAUUUUAUUUCUUGAAUACUCAUUAUGAACAUUCAAAUUACUCAUCUUUAAAUUUUUAUUCAUUUUUUUAUUAUGUGUGCUAACAAUCGUUUGGGUGCCAAAGACUCGAGCUUUUUUUCAUUCGAAAUCUGUAUCUCAUUUCCUACCUUCAUCCCUGGUCACUUUUCAUGAAUUAAUAUAAUAUUACAAACUUAAAGGCGUCUGGACCUGCGAAUGUAUGAGUGGUUUAAUUUUGGCGCUAAAUCGCGUGCUGGAUGUUGUGUGCAAGAAACAAUUCGACUUUUUAUUCGGAAGGUUGAGAAGUUGAGAAAAGGUUGAAAGAGUUAUACUUUACAUAUGUAUAGGCGUCGAGUGUACCUCGUUCUAUUGUUUCCUGUGAUCUACGGUCUUUAUUUCACUUUCUUCACAACGCCCGUCAUUUUCAAUUCAGUCUAUCAGUUAUGGUUCUUCGAUCCCCUGGUCUUUGAGAAUAGAUCGAAUGAGGUUGGAGAAAUUGAGAAUUUUCUUCUUGAGAUAUGAAUUUCGAACAGUACGCCAACAUGUCGCAAGUGGUCAACAACAUCCUAGUCGUAGUGGCGACUUGUACGCUUUAUUUGGUCUUUUGCGUCAGCAUCGAUGGCCGGCUGAAGGGACAGAGUAGUCAAAGAGCUCAAUUCCAAAAACAGGUAAAAAAUGAUCAAGAAACGUUCUGCAUCGUAAAAUAUUUUAUGAGUGUUUACCUUCAAAAAAUGCAGAAAAAGCUGAGAAAAUGAAAAAAAAAAGAGAAAUAGAAAGAAAAAUCAAGUCCGCUGAAUGUUACGAAACCGCAGCUGGUUUUGGCAAGAUCUGAUUGAUUGAAACCUUGAAAAAAGUUAUCAUAAUUUUUGAUUCAGAUUUUCCUCCAAACAUCCUUAAUCUGUGCGGCCAACCUUUUCGCUUCGUUAAACUACGUCCUUUUGCAAUUUGUUUCUGUUCCUCUUUGGUUCGGUUUGGCGGCCCAUGCGAGCUGGCAAUGCGGUUCAGGUAUAACUAUUCGUAUUUUCUGAGCAUCCGCAAGAAUAAUGAUUGCAAAAGUCCGUUAAAAACCGAUUAAUGUCUUCAGGAUUCCCAGUUUUCGUCUACCUGACGAUCAACAAAACCAUUCGAGGAGAAAUUUUCAACUGCUUCAAAAACCAGGUUGUUUUCAUUGAUUAUCUAGAUCUUUGAAAAAAAAACCUACUUACAGAAGUCUCCAAACAACUCGUCUACCAUUGAACCAAGGACUCCACAAAUUUAAUGAAUUGUGAGAAAUCAACCAACUUCUGUUGUUAACUUUCAAAGAAUAAAUUGAUGCUAUUGAUAAAGGGCUUAUCUUAUUCAACAAUCUUUUGCAAAAACUCAUAAUUCAAAAAAAAAAAACUCAAGCAUUAUUACCAAUCUGACGUUAUCAGAUACUUUUUUUCUCAGGUGAUUAUCUUUCUAAUGAUAAAGUAAAAAAAUUCGCGUUCAAUUUUUCGAAGCAUCUUCUAUUUUUUUCUGAAAAUGACGUAUUUGCAAGCUUGAAUUUUUAUGCUGUUUCCGGAAAAACUGAUUAAAAAAACUUUGAUUUUUAAAAAAAAUGGGUUCUGGGAAAAAAAUGUUAUCUCAUGGAGUUUUUCAUUGAAAUUUUAACAGUCUACUCUAAAUCCAUGAAAAGUUCUCAAUUCCAAAAAGUCAAAACGAAAAUCUUGAGAUCGAAAUUUUGAAAGUCUACUUUUCUGGCUUUAUCAUCACAUCAAAUUUAGGCGCCUCAAUUUUCCAAUUUUUAAUUAUCAAAGUUAAUUUCAAAAGAGAAUCUGAUUUUAAUUUAGAAAUCACUGCUGAACUAGAUCGAAAAACAUAUUGAGCAAUUUGACAAACUAGCUGUACUGUUUUUUUAAAAAAAAUAAUAUGAAGUUUGACAAGUCAGAAUUAAAGACUUAUUGCGUUUUCAAAGAACUUCAAGCCUAUUUUAAAUUUUUCCAAGUUCAAAAUUUGUCUAGGUCUUCGUGACGUUAUUUGAUGUUAUAUUUUCAUAUCAAAAUACAGUUUCAGAUUCACGAUUCGGAAAGCAAAGCAGAUGAAAAGGUGAAAUCCACAGAUCAGACAAAAACGAGUCUUUUCAACGUCAAACGGUUUUCAAUGAACUAACAUCAGUUCAAAAGUUUUAAAGGUCAUAUUUUCCUUUCAAGGCACCUGAUUGUCUCAUUUAAUUAUGGAUCUUAAAAUAAAAAGGCAGCUUUUCCCUUUAAAGAAUUUCCAGAAAGCAUUCCAGUCUAUAUCCGUCAUGGAGGAGUUGAUAGCCUACGGUUCCAUUGAAAAUAUGCCGCUCUACAAUUGCAGGUCAGUUCCAACUUCAGUUCUCACGACUUGGAAUAGUUCGACAUGCGUCGCGGUUGCGCUGCGUUUUAGUUAUUCGAAAAAAGUUGAAACUGAUUUUCAUUGAAAGACUGCAUCCGACCGAGAGUGGCUUUCGCGCCAUCUUAUACAGGGUGCUUUGUUUUGUGGGAGCAGGUCAAAAAAUGUCGAGGUAUUUUUGUUUAAAACUUUCUCGGAAAUGAUGCGUUUUUUUUAACAAAAUAAUUUUUUUCUUUGACGUUGAAACUUUUAUGAAACUUUGACAUGGCGUACUUAUUACAGGACUUAUUCAAAAGUCGGAAAUUGGUUUUAUUUUUGCUAGGAUCAGGAUUUCCUAAAGUACGAAUUCAACACAAGUUCAAUUGGUGAUUCCAAAAUUGUUCUUAUUAGCUGCGUCCGAGUUCUAGCGGUUUUUUUCAUGCAAUAUGAAAAAUACCGCUACGCGAAAACGUUUUUGAUCAUUUCGCAACCGCGACGCGUCGAUUUUUUUCUUCGUAUCCAUAAAAAUGAUCCAUUUUAGUGGCUAUACUUUGGAAGAAUGGGCCGAAAAGCAGAGUCGCCCAAACGUCUCACUGGGAAUCUUCAAUUUCAUCUAUGGCACGAUAAUCGAGGUGAAAAUGUUGAAAAAGUUAUUCAAAUAUUUUCAGGUCCUCUACAUUCCUUGCCUGGUAGUGAUGAUGGGAAAGGAGCAUUUGAAGUUAUCUUGUUAUAAAAUAAUGGUUUUUCUUGGUUUCGUCGACAUGGUCGCUGUUGGUGGGGACGUAGGAACAGUUCAAGAGCCCAAUUAA